UAGUGGCUGUGGAAAAUGUGACUGCAGUGGAGUGAAAGGGCAAAAAGGUGAAAGAGGUUUGCCUGGACUACAAGGUCUGAUAGGGUUUCCUGGAAUGCAAGGACCUGAAGGUCCUCCUGGGCCACCAGGAUUUAAGGGUGAUACUGGAGAACCAGGGCUGCCAGGAACAAAGGGAACACGAGGCCCACCAGGUUCAUCAGGAUAUCCAGGAAACCCCGGCCUUCCUGGUAUCCCUGGACAAGAUGGCCCACCUGGUCCACCUGGUAUCCCAGGUUGCAAUGGCACAAAGGGUGAAAGAGGUCCCUCUGGUCCUCCAGGCUUACCUGGAUUGACUGGGAGCAUGGGACCCCCAGGACCUCCUGGAAUUAAGGGAGAUCCAGGCCAAGUAAUCGGGAUCAUACCAGCUAUCCUAAGGGGUGAAAAAGGCUUUCCUGGCCAUCCUGGACUACCAGGUAUACCAGGAUUGCCAGGAAUCCAAGGGCCCGUUGGGCCAGCAGGGAUUCCAGGAGAACCAGGUCCGCCAGGGCCACCAGGACCUCCAGGAGAGAAGGGUCAUAUGGGCUUGAGCUUUCAAGGACCAAAAGGUGAAAAGGGUGAACAAGGAGUUGUAGGUCCUGCAGGUCCACAAGGAACUGUCUCAGAACACAAAAAGAAUGGGACUACAGUCUUAUGCGGAAAUAAGGGAGAACCAGGUGAAAAAGGAGAGCAUGGAUUGCCAGGACAACCAGGGCCAAGUUUGAAAGGGGAAAAAGGUGAACCUGGAAAACCUGGCCCACGGGGAAAACCUGGAAAAGAUGGCGAGCAUGGACCAAAAGGAGAACCGGGACCAUUGGGCGAGUAUGGAUUUCCAGGGCCACCGGGUAACCCUGGGCCUAAGGGGGAUAAGGGAGAACAAGGUUUUCCAGGACCUCCAGGAUCAAUUAUAGGCACAGGAACAGUGGAUGCCUUUGGUGAAAAAGGAGAGACUGGACCUCCAGGUUUUCCAGGAUUAAAGGGUGAAAGAGGUGAAAAAGGUUUUCCAGGUGCUCCAGGACUCCCAGGUGCUCCAGGUUUACCUACUGCAGGGUUGCAAGGUCCACCUGGCGUACCUGGUGACAGAGGUGAAAAGGGUGAUCCUGGUCUCUCUGGAAUUUCUUUGCCUGGGCCACCUGGGAGAGAUGGUUUACGAGGGCCUCCUGGCUCACCAGGCCCUCCGGGCCCACCAGGAAAUGAAAUCUUGGAUUGUGCACCCGGAGAGCAUGGUGAUCCUGGUCCUCCUGGGCCUGACGGACAAUCAGGAUUCAGAGGAGAGACAGGACAAAAAGGUGAUAAAGGUGACACUUGCACCACAUGCGAUAUGGCAAUACUUCCUGGAGUACAAGGGCCACCUGGACCCAAAGGCUUUCCAGGACAGACAGGUGCCAAAGGGGAUAGGGGCUUGCCUGGACUUGAUGGUAUUCAAGGAGUGCCUGGACCUCCAGGUACACCAGGACUGCUUGGUAGCCCAGGGGCAAAGGGAGAGCCUGGAGAUAUUUACUUUGAUACUAGCCUAAAAGGUGAAAAAGGAACUCCUGGUUUCCCGGGAUCACCAGGAUUACCUGGAAGAGAAGGAAGACCAGGAAGAGAUGGCCUACCAGGUCUCCAGGGUCCUAAAGGGGCCUCGGGUACAAUUGGCUUGAAAGGAGAACGUGGUUCCCCUGGUCCAGGUGGAUUUCCAGGAAUACGUGGUGACAAAGGCCUUCCUGGACCUCCAGGGACUGGACCUGCUGGGCCACCUGGUGACAAAGGGGAACAGGGCUUUCCAGGGAACCCAGGUUUACCAGGCCUUCCAGGGGCAAAGGGUGAAGCAGGAAAAGCCAUUCCUAUGCCUGGCCUGCCAGGCUCAGCUGGUCUCCCAGGACCACCUGGAUUCCCUGGAUCCCAAGGUGAUAAAGGGAAUCCUGGGAUCCCAGGAAGAUCUGGGCUUCCAGGUGAAAAAGGUGCUCUUGGACAGCCAGGAAUAGGAUUCCCUGGGCCUCCUGGUCCCAAAGGUUUCCCAGGUCAGCCUGGCCCACCUGGUCAUCCAGGGGCCCCAGGUCGUGCUGGCUUGGAUGGUUUACCAGGUAUACCAGGUUUUCAGGGUCAAAAAGGUGAACCUGGAUUGGGUCUCCCAGGUCUCAAGGGGCUACCAGGCCCACAGGGCCCAGCUGGUUUCCCUGGACCCAAGGGAGAUGCAGGACUGCCUGGCUUACGAGGAGAACAAGGGUUUCCAGGUGUACAUGGCCAGACAGGACAGCAAGGUGAGCCAGGUCUGCCUGGAAUACAAGGUAUUCCAGGUCCACCAGGUAAACCAGGAAUAGGCCCUCAAGGCCCCCCUGGACCAGCAGGACAUCCAGGACCCCAAGGACCACCAGGACUUCCUGGGCUAAAGGGAGAUAAGGGUUUCCCAGGUGUUCCAGGACUAGAUAUGCCAGGACCCAAAGGAGAUAAGGGUAUCCAUGGUCAACCUGGUGUACCUGGUAUGGUAGGUUUGCCUGGUCUCCCCGGUCCACAAGGGAAAGACGGAUCUCCAGGUCCUCAAGGCACCAAAGGAGAAAUGGGAGUUAUGGGAACUCCUGGAACACCAGGUUUUCCUGGGACCCCUGGAAGUCAAGGAUUGCCUGGUGAAAAAGGUAAUCGAGGUUUUCCAGGUUCGCAAGGGCCACCAGGUGAAAUUGGCUUUAAGGGAGAUAAAGGUGAAAGAGGACUGAGAGGAGAGCCAGGAUCCAUGAAUAAAACAGAUAUGGCAAGUCUUAAAGGCCAGAAAGGAGACCCAGGAGAGAAAGGUACACAUGGACGAGCAGGAGAAAAAGGUAUACGAGGGGACUAUGGUGACCCAGGCAUGCCAGGGAAGGAUGGUUUACCUGGUACCCCUGGACAGCCAGGGCCAAAAGGUGAUCCAGGCCUUCCAGGGUUUCCAGGUGACCCAGGACAUCCAGGACAAAAAGGAUCAACUGGAGACAUGGGAUUGCCAGGAACACCAGGAGAAAAAGGUGUGCAAGGUGUUGCAGGUUCACCAGGUAGGCCAGGGUUCCCAGGAGUGAAAGGUGAAAAAGGAGACAAGGGCCACGCUGGUUUUCCAGGGAUUGGCAUUCCGGGGACUCCUGGUGAGAAGGGAGAACAAGGGAGAACAGGUGGUCCAGGCAUACCUGGGACAAAAGGUGAAAAAGGUAGUGGUGGAAUGCCAGGACUGCCUGGUACCCCUGGUCCAAAAGGAUCACCUGGUGUUGUAGGAUAUCCAGGUAGCCCAGGUAGCCAUGGGGAGAAGGGUGAAAAAGGACUCCCUGGCUUGCAUGGCAUCUCAGGCUUCAAAGGACAGCAAGGUGACCCUGGCCCACCAGGUUCUCCCGGUGAUAGUGGAGAGAAAGGUGAACCAGGUUAUGAUGGAAUCCCAGGUGUUCCUGGUAUCAAGGGUGAUCAAGGUCUUCCAGGGAGAGGACUUCCAGGAAGUUCAGGUGCAAAGGGAGAUAAAGGUGCAAAAGGUGAUGUGGGUUUUCCAGGAUCCCCAGGAAGCCCGGGGAUCCCAGGCUCAAAAGGAGAACCAGGAUUUGUUGGCCUACAGGGUCCUCAUGGUCAACCAGGGCUUCCUGGACUCCCAGGUAGACCGAUGGAAGGCCCUAAAGGAGACAGAGGACCCCAAGGCCAACCUGGACUACCAGGUGUACCCGGUCCAGUGGGAUCCCCAGGACUUCCAGGACUGGAAGGUGGCAAAGGAGAAAAAGGAGCCCAUGGUUGGCCUGGAUCUCCUGGAAGACCUGGAAUCAAAGGUGAUCAGGGAUUUCAAGGAAUGCCUGGUAGUCCUGGUUUACCAGGCAUUCUUGGUCAAAAGGGUGAUAUGGGACCUCAAGGUGUUCCAGGAUUUCCAGGUGCAAAAGGAUCUCCUGGCUUCCCAGGUCUCAAAGGAGAACAUGGUGACCAGGGUCUCCCUGGAUCAAAAGGUUUACAAGGUCCACCUGGUCCUCCAGGUCUUUUUCAGUUGAUUAAAGGGGAUCAAGGCACACCUGGCCCUAUGGGACCUGUUGGUCCUAAAGGAUUCCCUGGCCCUCAGGGUCCAAAAGGACAGCAAGGAGUCACAGGAUCUGCAGGUAUACCUGGAUCACCUGGUGUCCCAGGGUUUGAUGGCAACCCUGGUCAGAAAGGGGAAACUGGUCCUUUUGGUCCUCCAGGCCCAAGAGGAUACCCAGGCCCACCAGGCCCUGAUGGUUUACCUGGGGCAAUGGGUUUACCAGGUGCAGCAUCUGUUGCUCAUGGUUUCCUUGUUACUAGACACAGUCAAACCACUGAAGAACCAGCAUGUCCAUUUGGAACUAAACUCAUGUACUAUGGUUACUCCUUGCUUUAUGUACAAGGCAAUGAAAGGGCACAUGGUCAGGAUUUGGGCACAGCAGGAAGCUGUCUUCGUAAAUUUAGCACAAUGCCUUUCUUAUUUUGCAACAUCAACAAUGUAUGCAACUUUGCAUCAAGGAAUGACUAUUCCUACUGGCUGUCUACUCCUGAACCCAUGCCAAUGAGUAUGGCUCCUAUCACAGGUGACAAUAUCAAGCCAUUCAUCAGUCGAUGCUCUGUAUGCGAGGCUCCUGCCAUGGUAAUAGCGGUUCACAGUCAAACAGUUCAAAUACCAUUAUGCCCUGAAGGCUGGAGUUCACUUUGGAUUGGUUACUCCUUUGUAAUGCAUACCAGCGCUGGUGCCGAGGGCUCUGGGCAGGCUCUGGCGUCUCCAGGUUCUUGUUUAGAGGAGUUCCGCAGUGCUCCUUUUAUAGAAUGCCAUGGUCGGGGAACUUGUAACUACUACGCAAAUGCUUACAGCUUCUGGCUUGCCACUAUAGAGAGAAACGAGAUGUUCAGGAAACCUGCUCCUUCAACUCUGAAAGCGGGGGACCUACUCUCAAACAUUAGCCGAUGUCAAGUCUGUAUGAGGAAAACAUAAUGACUAGAAUUUCAAUUAAUUUCACACAACAUGGUGCUAUUUGUUUAACAGCAAUGAAGCCUAGACAUGUAUCAUAUGUACCUCAUUGUUGUCCCAUAUGAAAACAGUAAAGUGCCUUUUAGGAACUUGCAUAACUAACACACACUGCUUUACUGGCCCUGUACUCGCUGAAGAAGAAAAGAGACAAGAAAGAUAAGCUUCAAAUGUUGACAUGCCAAAUGGCACUUUUGAUCAAAUAAAUUUUUUAUAUAAAUGUUGUGCACUGAUAGUAUAAAAUGCCAGAGUUCAUCCAGAAAAACACAAAGGUGCUAGGAGGUAUGCAGUUCAGUUUUAUACUGUUUGACUCCCUUUCUAAUUCUUGUAUUAUAUAGCUCAGUUUUUCUUCCCCAGAUACACUUCUUGUUACCAAUGUCUAACUGUCCCAAAAUUUCAGAUUCUUGGGCAUGUAUGUAUUGUUCCUGUACAAAGUAAUACUGAUGUAAAGAAGAGUUUUGGGAUUACAGGCUAUGGGUAAGCAGCAAGUAUCCAUGUUUUCAAAACAAAGGGUGCCAUUUUUCUGUUUGUAUUUCCUACCCCUACCUUUGUCCUGCUGUGUUAAGUGGGGCUACAGGUAAAAGGAAUGAUUUGCCAAACUGAGUCUGUAAAUGGGCAAUUAAGUGUUUCUGCUAUGUUUGGUACUAUGCAGUUUCUUCAUGUGGCAGUAAGUAGAACAAACUCCUGUGGAAUAAAGAAUGGUCCAAUAGUGGGUCAGAAAAAAAUAUAAAUAUAUAUAUAUUAGUAAUUUAUAUAGAUGUCAACAAUUAGGCAAAUCAAGCUUUGUUUGUUAUAAUUUGAAAAAGAAGCUUACGUAAGUUUUCCUCUUUUUUAGUGUCAGUGUUAAAUGUCAACAUAUCUAAAGUGAAAUAUCUUUGUCACAUAGCUCUUUGCAGUACCGAAGUCUGUAAAUUGCAGAGAAUGAACACAGGUUAAUAGCUAUUUGUGUUUAUUUUAGUAAGCCAUGCUUUAAGCUUACAAUGUUUAUUCGGUAUUUCAAAUAUUCAGGGUUUUAAACGCUAAUCACACUGAAUGACUUGAUCUUGGAAAUUUUAAAAGGCCUUACUUUUGUUAAUAUUGUUUAAAAAAUCCUAUUCAAAGUGGUCUAAGAAAUAGGUCUAUUGAAUUUCUAUGAAAAUAUAGGGAGGUUUCAGCACAUCUGUGUCUAAGAUUUUUUAUAGAACAUGAUCAUGCAGAUACCAAAAUGCCAAGGCCUUUUAUGUAAUUUCUUUAAUGUGUAUUUCGUAAGAAUUCAAGUUUGUAAUAAAACUAUUUGUGUAAAAAAAA